AGACAUUUUGAGAAGAUGAUCACUCUGUUGGGUGCUCGCUUUGCAGCUGCAUAUGUAAAGCCUUUGGAUCCAACUUUUAGUAAAGUUCCAACCAAAAUACACGACUAUCCAAUUUAUUGGCCACAUUUCAAAGAUUGCAUUGGUGUGAUUGAUGGCACACAUGUGACAGCGGUUGUACUUACUGAGAAGUCCAUUCCAUACUUUGGAAGAAAGGGAUAUCCAACCCAAAAUGUGAUGGCUGCAUGUGACUUUGAUAUGUUAUUCACAUUUGUUUUGCCUGGAUGGGAAGGUGCAACACACGACACUCACAUUUUUCUUGAUACUAUUCGUAAACAGAGUAACAAAUUUCCGCACCCACCACCAGGUAAAUAUUAUGUAGUUGAUUCUGGAUACCUAAUGAUGAAAGGCUAUUUGGUACCAUACAAGGGGAUAUCAUACCAUCUUCAAGACUUUCGAAGGAGAGGUGGAAGUCCUAAAACUAGACAUGAAAAAUUUAAUCAUGCUCACUCAUCUCUUCGAUGUACGAUUGAGCGCACUUUUGGUGUGUGGAAGAAUAAAUGGAGAAUUAUAAAAAACAUGCCAUCUUUUCCAUUCCAUAUCCAAAUACUUAUUGUAUCUGCUACUAUGGCUCUUCAUAAUUUUGUUAGACUAAAUGAUAGGGAUGAUAGGGGCUUCAUAAACGUCAAUUGAAAUUCAAUUUCUAGAAGAGAACAUAAUAGUGAAGCAGAUAGCAGUUAUGAGCAGAACUCAUGAUUUUUAACAGACCCUACGAUGGUGGUUCUUCGUGAUUCCAUUGCUAAUUCCAUUUGGGGGGAUAAUAAUUAGUAGUUGUCUUUUUUUUUUUUUUUUUUUUUUUUUUAAAUUUUUAAUAAUAUCAUGUAGUACAAUUUAAACUUGGGUUAUUGGUAUGUAUUUUAUCAUCUUUUUUACAUUUUUGUGUUGUACAAUUUAAACUUGGGUUAUUGAUAUGUAUUUUAUAUGUUUUUACAUUUUUAUGUAGUACAAUUUAAACUUAGAUUAUUGGUGUAUAUUUUAUCAUCUUUUUACAUUUUUA